CAGUGGUAAAGAUGACACCGAUUUGUCACGUGGCGUAUUUCGCAGCGCGUUUUUGCAAUGAACUAGACAGCAACAAAAACUUCAUCUGCUCUCCUCUGUCCGUGGAGACAGUGCUGGCACUGGUGGCCCUCGGCAGCAGGAACGACUCACGCGCGGAAAUAUUCAAGGCUCUAGACAUCCCUAAUGAAGAUAAUCUUCGUUCAGUGUUUACGUCUGUCACACAAAAUCUGAAGAAACCAUUCAUAGAAUCUCUCACAUCAAAACUCAAUCCUUUUAAUCGUGAUUCCACCCUCCAAAUCGCUACCAAAAUCUACGUGAAAUGUGGAAAAUCUGUGAAACCGGAGCUUAAGAAAGAUGCUGAAAAAGUUUUCAAUUUCAGUUUGGAACAGAUAGAUUUUGUUAAAAGUUCUGAUGCAGCAAAUUCCAUUAAUAAUUGGGUGAAAAAACGAACUAACAAUAUUAUUAAGGACUUAGUUUCUGCCGACAUGCUGGACGGAGACACAGGACUUGUGCUAGUAAAUGCAAUCCACUUUCACGGCUUUUGGGAGAUUCCAUUUGAUUCUAACGACACAUAUGACGGAAACUUCCAAGUCAACAGCACCAAAAAUGUAAAUGUUAGAAUGAUGAGCCUGGAAGAUAAAAGCUUCAAUUACAAACAUAGUUCAGAAUUACAUGCAAAAAUUUUGCAAAUGCCCUAUGUGGGAGGAGAAGCUAGUAUGGUGAUCAUAUUGCCUGAUGAAAUUGAGGGCGACACAGGUAGCGUGACCGGUUUGGUGAAAAGACUGGCAGCUGGAUUUGACCUGAUGUCAGAGAUCAAGCGUCUGAAAAAAACAGAUCUUCAAGUAAAAAUACCGAAGUUUAAAGUUGAAACUGAGAUAAAUUUGAGGGAAUUACUGCCGAAGAUGGGAAUCCAGACGAUUUUCGAUAAGAAUAAGGCAGAAAUUAACAUGCUCUCUUCUAGCAAUCCACUACAUGUAUCAGAAGCUAUUCAGAAAGCUUUCAUCACAGUGGAUGAGAAAGGAACGGAAGCGGCAGCAGCUAAUGAAAUUACGUUGCAAUUAUUAUGCUUGCGAUGGUGGAUGGGUGAAACGUUUAUAGCAGACCACCCCUUUCUCUACAUACUUCUGGCUCAGGAGAUACCUAUAUUUUACGGAAUUUUUCAUGGAAAUGAAACUUCGCUGCUAGACUAUCAAAAAGGCAGUCAGUCUAAAAGUGUACGUCAAAGAGAUCUAACUAAAAUUACGAAGAUGACAUUGCAUGUGAAUCAUGUGGCGAAUUUCGCGGCGCGAUUUUGCAAUGAAUUGGAUAGCGAAAAAACCUUUAUCUGCUCUCCUCUGUCAGUGGAGACGGUGUUAGCAUUAGUGGCCCUUGGCAGCAGUAACGAAUCUCGCGCGGAAAUAUUCAAAGCUCUCGACAUCCCUAAUGAAGAUAAUCUUCGCUCUGUGUUUACGUCUCUCACUCAAAAUUUAAAGAAGCCAUUCAUCGAAACCAUUACAUCAAUACUUAAACCAUUCAGCCAGGAGUAUACACUUAAAAUCGCCAACAAAAUCUACGUGAAACAAGGAAAAGAUCUAAAAUCUAAUGUUAAGAAGGAUGCUGAAAAAGUUAUCAAUGCUAGUUUGGAGCAAAUCGAUUUUGGCAAAAAUUAUGAUGCAGCUAAUUCUAUUAAUAACUGGGUAGCGAAACAAACAAAUGAUAUUAUUAAAGACAUCGUUUCUGCUGACAUGCUGGAUCAAGACACACGGGUUGUGUUAGUGAAUGCAAUCUACUUUCACGGUUUUUGGGAAAUUCCAUUCAAAGCGAACGCCACAUUUACCGAAAAAUUUCAAGUCAAUAGCACCAAAAGUGUAAAUGUCAAAAUGAUGAGCCUGGAAGGACCAAGCUUCAAUUACAAAUAUAGUCCAGAAUUACAGGCUAAAAUAUUGCAAAUGUUUUAUAAGGGAGGUCAGGCCAGUAUGGUGAUAGUACUGCCAGAUAAGAUCGAGGGUGAGCCAGCGGGGGUAGGUGGCCUGAUGGAACGACUGAUAGCCGGGUAUGACCUGAUGGCAGUCAUUAAGAGUCUGCAGAAAACACCUCUCAAAGUAAUCAUACCGAAGUUCAAAGCUGAAACAGAAAUAAAUUUGAAGGAACUUCUGCCAAAGAUGGGAAUUAAGGCAGUUUUCGAUAUGAAUAAGGGAGAUACAACCAUGCUCUCAUCUGAUGAGCCACUCUACGUAUCGGAAGCCAUCCAGAAGGCCUUCAUCUCGGUGGAUGAGGCAGGAACGGAAGCUGCAGCUGCUACUCAAAUGGUCCGACGUCGUCUCUGUGGCCACUGGUGGACCGGCGAGACUUUCAUUGCAAACCGGCCCUUCCUCUACCAACUUACAGCUCGCGAAAUUCCUAUAUUCUAUGGAACUUUCUAUGGAAAUGGAUAUUCACAAUAGACUUCCUGAGUGAGUGUUCCUGAGUCAUGGGUGUCUGAGUACUAGGGAAUGCUCCCGGUACUGUUUGUAUGGCGAGAACCGGGAAUUCCCGGUUCCAGAACUGUUUUGUAUAGAAGACCAGUAUCUGGAGCACUCCCUACUGAGUACCAACAACACAAGCCUUCCUGAGCUUACUGUGGGCCUUACUUAAUUUGUGUAAGAAUAUCCAAUAUUUUUUUAUUUUUUUAUUACUGCUGUGCGUAAGUAGUUUGUUUCUGAGUCAUUGGAAUUUUCUAUGUAUUUAAGUAUUUGUAUUUAUAUAUAUACAUGUAUAUGUAUCGUUGUCUGUGCACCCAAAACACAAGCCUUCUUGAGCUUACUGUGGGGCAUCGUCAAUUUGUGUAAAGAUGUCUCUUGUUGAUGUUUUUAGAAUGCAAAUUGUUCUCUAUUAUUCAUUUUUUUUGGAUAUAAGUGAUAGAACUGUAUUUUAUAUGGCAAUCGUCAUUGUUGGUUUUUUAAUAUAUUUCUUGACACUGUA